AUGAAUAAUCCAGACCCAUCCACCCGUGAAAACACCAUCGAAGGUAGGAAUGCGGAUCCAAAGAACCUCGCUCAGGCUAUAGUGGCCGAUCGAGAGUUCAUAACUUCGAUUUCGGCAGCAAUUCUUGAGAAUAUUGCUCCGCAGUUGGCUAGACACACGGGCAACAUCGUUAGUGCCACUUCGGUUGGGUUUUCUGCUCAAUCAGAUAAAGAUAAACCCGUCGUAUCUUAUGAUCAAUCGGGUAUGGCUCAAACAGCAAACUCCGUUGUAUCAGUUGAUCAAACGGAUGCCAUAAAUACAACAAAUCCUGUUACGUCCGAUGACCAGACAGGUCGUAUGAGCAACAAACGGCACCCAGAGACGGUAAUUGACGUAGAAUCUUAUACACCAGGGUCUAAGCGUGCCCGUUCCGAUUCUGCUACUGAGGGUAACUCGAGCAUUGAGAAUCCGGACAUAGAUCCAAACGAGGGUGAUAUUUUUUCAUCUAAUUCGCGUUGGGAAGCCAGUGAGGAGCUUGCUGCUUUCCUUACAACAACAACUAGCAAACCACUUAGCAAAUUUGACCAAAGAACCCUGGUCAAGGCAUUCCCACGACCGGAUGUUAGCGCCAUUUAUACACCUUCAAUGGAUGAAUACCUCAAAUCAUUUGUCCAGGGAAUCACGAUCCCAGACAAACCACUCAGAGAAAUGCAGGACCAUAUCUUAGAUGUUUUUGGUCCGUUAUCUACAAUCUAUGAGAAUCUCUUGGAGAUGGCUGAGUCAUGUAAUAAGGACGGAGUCAUUGAACUGAAUAAGGAAAGUGUCCAGGGCUUCCUCACCUGUAUUAAACAUGCAAUGCUACUGACAGGUGAUGCUUCCGCUCGAAUUUCGGUUGUACCAAAAAUGCCACAAUUAUCCCUAAUACAGGAGAGGGUGUUGGAUCAAGAAGUACAGGAACUGUUAACAAAAGAAGCAGUUCACCCAGUGGUAAAUCAGUCUCUAGCAAACGAGGGGUUCAUAAGCUCUCUGUUUGUAGUUUCCAAAAAGGAUGGGGGGAAUCGUCCAGUUAUAAAUUUAAAACAAUUAAACCAACACCUUAUUUACGAACACUUCAAAAUGGAAGGUAUACAUAUGUUAAGAGAUCUUUUAAAACGAGACGACUAUCUUAUAAAAAUCGAUCUCAAGGAUGCGUACCUUACAGUCCCAAUCUGCAAGGCCCACCAAAAAUUUCUAAGGUUCCUUUGGAAGGGAACUUUGCUGGAAUUUGCAUGCCUCCCUUUCGGUCUAGCCACAGCCCCACGGGUCUUCACAAAAUUGAUGAAACCCGUAGUCGCGGCCCUCAGACAGAGGGGUAUUCGUCUAGUGAUAUACUUGGACGACAUUUUGAUCAUGGCAGAAUCGACAGCCCUAGGAUUACACCAGGCAGCUUCAGCUCUGAAUCUUCUAGAAGGUUUGGGGUUUGUAGUAAACUACAAGAAGUCCCAACUGGUUCCCGGCCAGCUAAUAGAAUUUUUAGGUUUUUUAAUCGACUCCACCAAACUUACCCUUCAACUACCAAGGGAGAAACUUCGAAAGAUUCGAAAGAAGUGUCAAACUCUUUUAAGUGGAACAGAGAUUUCAGUUCGAGAGUUAUCAAAAUUCCUGGGCCUCCUAACCUCCUCUAUUCAGGCAAUAUUCCCAGCCCCUCUCCACUACAAGCACCUCCAGAGGCUGAAGAACACCACAAUGAGCUCGACACAAUCUUACGAGGCCAUUGUAACACUAGAUACAACAGCCAGAGAGGAGGUGGUGUGGUGGAGAGAUCACCUCCAGGCAUGGAAUGGCAAAGCGCUAUUCCAACAGCCGGUAGAUCUAGUAAUCGAGACAGAUGCAUCUCGAAAAGGUUGGGGAGCAUACUGCGAGGGGGUAAGCACAGGGGGCCCCUGGUGCUCGGAAGAGAAGAGACUUCAUAUCAACUGUCUCGAACUUCUUGCCGGCUCGUUUGCGAUAGUAGAACCGGGGAGAUGGGAUGAAAUAGCAAGGAGACAAUUAACAGACAUGUUUAAUGGAGUAGAUUUUAAUAUAGAUAUUUCUGACAUGUUCAACGAGGAUUAUUGA